GGAUGGUGACUAGGUCUGCUGUUGUCUACAUAGAGAUGCGAGGGAUAUUUUUAUAUAUAUAUAUAAAAUCUUUUUUAACGAGGAAAAGCUGAGCUGUGAACAACCCUAGUGUUGCUGUGAAAUAAGGGAAGCCACCAAACUGCUCUUGGCUGUCUCUGCACGGAGCAGGAGCAUCCCUGCAGGUCCCUGCUGCUGCCCCGCUCUGAUGGGGCUGCGAGCGGAGGCAGUGGGGCUCCGCUCCAUCGGUCCACGCUUCCUCCUGCAGCUCUGCCCCGGGCUCUGGUGGCCCUCGCUCGACAUGGGGUGCCUACAGCGAGGGGCAGGCAGGGGUGUCAGGCAGGAUAUGGCCCCAUAGCCUUUCUGGCAGCCUGCUCUGCUUGGGGGACGUGUGGACCCUGGUGAGCUCUCACUGUGUGACCCUGUGUCCGCAGCGCUCGGCUGAGCCCAACGCAGCGAGGCUGCUUAAUUGGAGCUUUUAAUGUACCGUGGAGCUGGGGCGUGAAAGGUUUGUUGCGUUGGAGGAUGCUUAGGACCCAGGGGAAGCGCUGGAGAGCCUGGCUGGGCUUGGAGGAGCUCCUGCCUCCCCGGCCAGGACUUCUCAGGUGUCCUGGUACGGCAGCACUGCGCGAGGCGAGCUGGGCCCUCCUGGCUGCUCCCCCUUCCCCACAUCCAUGCCCAUCCUCUGAGCCCCCCUGGGCACCCAUGCGCGCGCCCAGGGACCGCUCCGCACCAUGAACGACCAGUAUCACCGAGCAGCCCGGGACGGCUACCUGGACCUCCUGAAGGAGGCCACCAAGAAGGACCUGAACUCACCGGACGAGGAUGGCAUGACCCCGACCCUAUGGGCCGCCUACCACGGCAACCUGGACGCCCUGCGCCUCAUUGUCAGCAGAGGGGGCGAUCCAGACAAAUGUGACAUUUGGGGGAACACCCCUCUCCACCUGGCAGCAGCCAAUGGCCACCUGAACUGCCUCUCCUUCCUCAUCUCUUUUGGGGCCAACAUCUGGUGCCUGGACAACGACUACCACACCCCGCUGGACAUGGCAGCCAUGAAAGGGCACAUGGAGUGUGUGCGAUACCUGGACUCUAUUGCUGCCAAGCAGAGCAGCCUCAACCCCAAGCUGGUGAGCAAACUGAAGGACAAGGCCUUUCGGGACGCAGAGCGGAGGAUUAAGGACUGCGUGAAGCUGCAGAAGAAGCACCAUGAAAGGAUGGAGAAACGGUACAGGAAAGAGAUGUCGGAUAAUUCAGAUACCAUGAGCUUCUCCAGCUAUUCGAGUAGCACCUUAAGCAAGAAGUUCCAACACAUGUCUAUGGUGACUUCCCUGCCAUACUCACAAGCCACCAUCCAUGGCACCGCCAAGGGAAAGACGAAAAUACAAAAGAAGCUAGAGAAGAAGAAGCAGGUGGAUGGGACAUUCAAGAUCUACGAGGAUGGGAGGAAAAGCGUGCGGUCUCUGUCUGGGCUGCAGCUGGGGAACGAUGUCAUGUUUGUGAAGCAGGGCACAUACGCCAGCCCCAAGGAGUGGACUCGGCGCAAUAUCAGAGACAUGUUCCUCACAGAUGAAGACACUGUCUCCCGUGCCAUAAGUGACCCGGGCUUGCACAUGGACUCGGCCCACUCAGAAGUCAGCACAGACUCUGGCCACGACUCCUUGUUCAACCGCCCCGGGCUGGGCACCAUGGUGUUCCGGCGCAAUUACGUCAGCAGCGGGCUGUUUGGGAUCGGCCGGGAGGACGCUGGCGCGCUGGGUGAAGACAGCGCAGACGGGGUAGGUGUCAAACUGCGGAGCCACCUGCAGCGCUUGCCAAGUCUCAAUGACAGCAUUGGCAGUGCCAACAGCCUGCAGGAGAGGAACGCGGAGGAGCUACCCUGGGAUGAGGUGGAGCUGGGCUUAGAUGACGACGAUGAACCAGACACCAGCCCCUUGGAGACUUUUCUGGCCUCCCUGCACAUGUUUGAGUUCAUCUCCAUCUUGAAGAAGGAAAAGAUCGACUUGGAAGCCCUCAUGCUAUGUUCAGACAAUGACCUGAAGAGCAUCAAUAUUCCAUUGGGCCCCAGGAAAAAGAUUGUGGAUGCCAUCCAGAGGAGAAGGCAAACUCUGGAGAAGCCAGAUGUCAUUGUAGACACCGAACUAUAGCAGCAGCAGCAUAAUUUUAUUUUUUUUUUAAUGAUCGAGAAACAAACCCAGUUCUAAGUUGCCACAAAAUACAAGCCAGAGACUGUCUUCCUGGGGCAGCUGAAAGCUACAGCCAUCCCCACCGGUCCCUCUGGACUGCCCUCCUGCUCCCUCGCUCCGCUCCCUGUCUGCGAUGCAUCCCGGGUGAUAGCUGGUACGGAGGGACAACUGCUGAGAUCGGACCAGGCAGCUCCAACCCGCCAACCUUGAGGGGACAAGGCUCACCUGCUCGCUGGAGGAACAAGUGCUCUGCCCGGCUGGCUUGGACACCGUGCCGUCACGGGCUGAGGGACCACACGAAGCCAUGAACAGAAGGAGAUAUGUGAUGGUAUUUUCAAAGGGCCCCAAAAUAAAU